CUCGCCUCACCCAUACUGCCGAGUGGCUGAAUCACACCCUUUCAGGUGUCUGCGCCGACGAAGGUGUGAUAUGGAGAAAAGAGUCCCCUUUAGAAUCUACCGGGUCCUUUCUAGCCAUCUGGGGCCCCAGAGUAUCAAUAUAUCUUCACCAGGCCUCCCCUUCCCCACUCCGCUCACUCAGUGAUGACGCUUCGAGGAGAACGAGCGCGUCUUGAGGCCUCGCAUAGCAGUUAUAGAAGGCUCGGGUUGGGCUAAGAACUAUCCAUUCGAGCCGGCCGGCACGCGAGGAAAGGCGAUACUCAGUCAACCCGGUCCGGAUAUCCGCAACAUGGCAAAGAGGCGGAAUCACGCAAGCAACCGACCGAAGAAGAAGGCAAACCCGGCACACAGACAGCCGGCCGUCCGCUUCGACGACAACGACGACUACGACUACGAAAACAGCGACGGAGACCACCCCAUGCUGGACGCCGACGGCCCCCCCAACGGCCAGGGCCAGCGGCGGCAGUCCUACGGCGGGAGGGGGGCGAAGAAGAGGGCCUUGGCGCCGCGGCCAGCAACGGAAACCCCCCAGGCGCCGCACGCCGCGGGGCGGCACAGCCGCAGCCGGCGGCGCCGCGGCGGCGGUGAGGGCUGGGACGUGGACGGGGGCGCUUGGGGCGUGGACGCGCGCAGGUGCCGCAGCCACAGCCCGUGCGGGCGGGGGCGAGCGCACGACGACGACGGCGGCGGCGGCCCCUGCGCCGAGUGCCGCUCUGUGCGGCGCGCGAACCUGCGGCUCCGGGACUGGGCGGCGGGCGCGCUGCGGCGCUGCGGCGAGCGCCUCGGCGCCUGGGCCGAGGCCGCCGGCGUCGGCGCCACCGCCCCCGACGAGAUGGACUGGCAGCCCGAGCCCGUCGUGCGCGUCGUGCUCCUGCCGCCGCGGGCGCGCGCCACCGCAGAAGACCCCGCGCCCCGCCCGCCGUCGCCGCCGAGCCCGCGCGUCGCCGCGCUGGUCCCCGGGCCCUGGGCCUGGCCGCCCUACGCCUCGACUCCCUCCGCGCCCACGCCCGCGUCGGGCUUCGCGGCCGCCGCCGGCGCAGGCUCGGCCGGUGUCCCGCCGCUGCCCGUGCCCGUGCCUAUGUAG